AUGAGCCCGCCGCGUUCCCCCACCCUAUUGUCCCUCCGCGACGUCUCUAACCUGGCCAUGUCCUCAAAGUCUCUCCGCCUCCUCGCCUAUUCCGACGCCGUUUGGUUUCGCCUUCUCCAGGAGCGAUGGCCAAAUUAUUGCAUGUCUUCUGGAGCUGGAGGAGCUAGGGAAGAGUAUCUAUCGAGAUUCACUGCAAUGCGGCAGUUUAAAUUCUGUGAUCCUGCCAUUGUUCAUUUAUGGGCUAUGCCUGUUCCACCGACGCAAAUUUUGUUGGCUAAAAAUGAGAUCUGGGUCGACCAGGGACGACAUGUGAUUAAAGUUGAGUGUAGUUCAGAUCCUCAUUUUGCUAAUCAUCGAAUGUUCAGAGCUCACAAUGCAAGGAUUACUUGUAUGAG